UGCUGCGUCGGCGGAUACGAUGGAGGGCGCCGUCGCCACAGCCACUGGGUGGGGGACGCUCUCUUUCUACGGAGAAGAAGCCCAGGUCCUGCAGGCGGUGGACCUGAAUGUGUGGAGCAACGCAAUGUGCAGCAGUGCUUGGUCUAAGAAGUACAUGACCAUCGCCACCACGCAGGUGUGUGCGCUGGCGAGCGGGAAGGACACCUGUUCGGGCGAUUCCGGGGGGCCUCUGGCGGUGCAGGUUGACGGAAAGUACGUCCUGCUCGGCAUAACUUCGUACGGCCACGGUUGCGCGACGCCGGGAGUGCCGGGCGUCUACACGCGUGUGUCUUCCUUCAUUCCGUGGAUCGAGGGACACAUAGAAGAAGGGUAUUGCGAUGGAGCUGCGAGAAAAUAGAGGAAUGGAGAAGAGGAAGAGGAAGAGAGAGAGAGUGAGAGAGAGGAAGAAGAAG